UGCAGAAGACAGACUGAGCGUGGCUCUGCCCGCGGGACCUCGGGGAGCUCACUGGCCAGCGCUGUCCCCUCGCCCUCCCGCAGGCUGCUGCGUGGGAGGGGCGGGCUGCGGCGGCGGAACCUUCGAGCUUGGCGCGCGCGUUUCCGGCCGGCGCCUUUUCCCACGGACGCCGCCGCCCCCCUGCGCCCCCCGUGCCCCGCCGGUCCCGCUUCCCCGGCGCCGCCGGCCCGGUGCUGCCCGCAAGCUCUCCGGACCCGAGAGGCCGCUGCACCGGCUCCGCUCCAGAUGCUGCUGCUGCCGCCGCGGCCGCCCCACCCUCGGUCCUCCUCCCCCGAGGCCAUGGACCCACCGCCCCCCAAGGCUCCCCCUUUCCCCAAGGCGGAGGGCGCGGCUUCCACGCCCUCCUCGGCGGCGGGGCCCCGGCCCCCGCGGCUCGGCCGCCACCUGCUCAUCGACGCCAACGGGGUCCCCUACACGUACACGGUGCCGCUGGAGGAGGAGCCCCGGGGCCCGCCGCAGCGCGAAGCGCCCCCCGGGGAGCCCGGCCCGCGCAAGGGCUACAGCUGCCCGGAGUGCGCCCGGGUCUUCGCCAGCCCGCUGCGGCUGCAGAGCCACCGCGUGUCGCACUCGGACCUCAAGCCCUUUACGUGCGGCGCCUGCGGCAAGGCCUUCAAGCGCUCCAGCCACCUGUCGCGGCACCGCGCCACGCACCGCGCCCGCGCCGGCCCGCCGCACACGUGCCCGCUGUGCCCGCGCCGCUUCCAGGACGCGGCCGAGCUGGCGCAGCACGUCCGCCUGCACUGAGCCGCCCGCCCGGCCUCGGCCUCGGCCUCCCCUCCACCCGCGGGAGAAGCCCUUCCUUUCUCUCCCGCCUAGCUGUGUGAUGUAGACCAAAGUUGUCGCCCCGCCCUGGCCCGGGAGCGGAGGGAGCUGCGCUCGGCCCGCUGUGCUGCGUGAGCCUUUUCCAGCGCUGCGACCUCUCUGAGCCCUGGUUUUCCGCUCUCCGUAGUGGCGAGCAGUUGUCUUCUGCGUGGAAGGCGCGAGAAAAGAGCGCCGGCACAGUCUGGUUGGCGUCUGUACCCCCCCUCCGCCCACGUCCCCCACAUUCCUUGCCCAAUAAACAUUCCGCACUCCGUC